UGAUACCGUAUAUAUAAUUUUUGUGCAGUAAAUAAAUGUUAAUUUUUUUCUAAACUUUUAGACAUGAUUUUAUUGUCCAAUCUUUGAUUUCUUACCACAGAAUCAAGACUUGGAUUAAACAAUGAGUUCAAAGACAGAUCUGCAGUCACUCAUAGAGAGUCUUAACCAUUAUAUGGACAACCAUUUAAUGGAAGUUAGGUUAUCUAUCGGUGCUCUUGGAUUGGUUGGAGCGGGAAUUGCUUUCAGAAAGCGACUCUUAAACUUAUCGUUUGCAGCGAUGAAUCCGUCCCUUUCGGGCACGUUUUGGCUUAAACUGAAUGUCGAGAACAAAAUGGUUUGGUUUAAAGUUGUUGACAAACACGAAGACGAUAUCAAAUGUAUUGUUUCGCUCGAAAAGAAGGCUUUAUUUAAGAAGAGCCUCAACGCAGAGCUCAUGGAAAGAGGAUUGGCGUCUGUCCUGCCUUUCGAUCAAUCGUUGUAUAGAAACAAAACUUAUAAAGAGUUGCAUAAAAACCUGACUUCUAGUCAAAGCAAAGCCAAACGACGGAAUUGUGGCGUUUGGUACAAACCCACCAAAUGGGACGCCUUUCGUCAUCUCAUAGACAACUCCAUGCAUUCAAUUAAAAACUUAAGGAAUAUUUAA